AUGACCAGAGCCACUGAAGCAUACACCUUUGCCGCCAUUGCUAUUGUAUCUUACAUCAUCCUCUUUUUGGGAUUCAUUCCUCUGCCAGAAACUGUUCAAGACAAGAUUAUUCCUGUUCUUCCUUGGUGGGCCUUGAUUACAUUUGGCUGCUAUUGUCUUGGCAACAUUGGCAAUGCCAUGUACACUUUCCGCGAUUGCCCUGAAGCCUAUCAUGAAUUGAUGGGAGAAAUCGCACAAGCGAAAAGCGAUUUGAGAUCAAAGGGAUUGCAACUCAAUUAA